CAAGCAUGUUCCGUGGCAGGUGAAAAACCUCGAGACGUUAUCGCCACAAGGGGCUGCGGGGACAGUGUCCGUGGAAACGAAAGGGAGUGGGCACACACGCCAACAGCCGGUGAAUCGUGCGGAAGUGCCGGAAGAGCGCGCACCUGCGCCGGGGAGCUGAGCACCUUCAGACGGGGCAGGGCCUGGCCCGGUCGGAGUUUCCACCACUUUGGAGAGGAGCCGGCGGGCCGGAGGCGAGCGGACAAGACGGAGUUCACCGCGCCGGCAGUAUCUCGGGGCGGCCCGGCCCGGCCCCCCGUCCCCAGCGCCGGCGGAGCGGGGCCGCGCCGGGCCAUGGCGGAGCGGGGCAGCCCCCGUGCCGCGCUGGGGGGACGCGCCGGGGCGGGCCGGCGCGUCGUAACCGGGCCGGAGGCAGAGGGGCCGCGCGGAAGCCGCGCCGUGCCAGGGUCGCUGGAGCGCCGCCGCUGCCUGUACCUGCACACGGGCCGGGCCUGGUGCCAGAUGGUGGAGGUCCUGCUCGCCGCCCUGAUCCUGGUCUGCAGCUCCGUGUCCUGCGGCUCGGCGGGAGGAUACACCGGCCUCCCCGCCCUGGGGGGCAUCUACUACUACCAGUACGGCGGAGCCUACAGCGGCUUCAGCGGGGCGGAUGGGGAGCGAGCCCAGCAGCUUGACCAACGUUUCUACUUACUGAAGCUGCCCAUUGCAAGGGCAGCGAUGGUCGUGGGAGGGUGUCUCCUGGUCUUCCCUUGUGUUCUAUUUUUGGUUAGUGUUCUGCAGGUCCCGUGGCACUUCCCAGCAUGGCUGCUAAUUGAAUGCACCUUGUACAUAGUGAUUGCAGUUGGCACAGUGCCUGCUCUGUACUAUUUCCUCCAUUCUCUGCUGAGCGUUUAUAAUUCGUCAGUGUGCAAAGAGCGAGAGCAGCUUUAUCAAAGCAAAGGCUAUCAGGGCUUCUGGUGCAGCCUGCAUGGGGCAGAGAUUGCUGCUGGCCUAUUGGGCUGCAUGGCUGCCAUGGCAUACCUGCUCAGUGCAGGCAUAGCUGUCAGAGAUUACAGGACAGUUCAUGAACAGAAACAGAAGCCAUUGCAACUAUAAGAACUUUCAAAUGAUUCCUCCACUCCAGUAAUGGUCUUGAUUUUUGCCAGUCUCCUCACUGAGAUGAAGCAGUAUACUUUCCUUUCUUCGGGACAGUACAGCCUUAAUGCUACAGAACACUCACCAGGCUGGCAUAGCUCUAAAUAUGGUAGAGUCAGGCUAUUCCUAACUUGAAUUUGCAUUAUUGAGUUAUUAGUGUCUCAAAGCUGAUGCAAUUGAUUGUCUCUGCUUCACAGGCAGCCCUUCCCUUCUCCAGUGAGACCUUGAUACAAGUAGUGCCACUACAUGCAUCUGUCAAUGCAUGUGGUGGCAAUACAUGCUUUCAGCUUUUUGUAGCUGAAACUGUCUUUACAAAAGGCAUGUGACUUCACUGAGAAAAGAGCUCUUAAAAACAAGUGACUGAGGCCCAUGGUUGUGACAGCUAAAUAUUGCCUCCUUGUAGGUCUCUUGGAAUCAACAGACAAGGGUGAACAUGACAUUUAUAAGGCCUUGAAAAAAUCCUGAAAAAACCUCUCAAACUCAGUCUAACUUGUGAUACAAUGCCUUUUCAAACUCCUGGAGAGGGUGCAUUUAUGUAUGAAAUGGUCUUUUUGUAUAACUUCUAUACAAGAGUUUUGCUUAAAAAGAUGCCCUGGAUUGGGAUAAUCAGACAAAAGCUUUAUGAGAUCAAAUGGGUGAUUGAAUAUAGGAGUAUAUAGUUUUUGAAAUACAUUUUCAAUGUAGGAGUUGGAGAAA